GAAUAUAGAACCAAAGGAAAGAAGUCUUGUCUUGGGAAUAAAAAAACAAUUGCGAGUUUCCUUUUUUUUUGACAAACAAUAUUUCUUUUUUUCUUCGUCCUUUGUUACAUUGAAAAAAGAGAUUAAAAAAAUGAUUCAACCUCAGACCCAUUUGAAUGUAGCAGAUAACAGCGGGGCCGAGAAUUGAUGUAUUCGAGUCAUAGGAGCUAGUAAUCGCCGAUAUGCUCAUAUUGGUGACGUUAUUGUUGCUGUGAUCAAGGAAGCAGUACCAAAUACACCUCUAGAAAGAUCAGAAGUGAUCAGAGCUGUAAUUGUACGUACUCGUAAAGAACUCAAACGCGACAACGGGAUGAUAAUACGAUAUGAUGACAAUGCUGCCGUUGUCAUUGAUCAAGAAGGAAAUCCAAAAGGAACUCGAAUUUUUGGUGCGAUCGCCCGGGAAUUGAGACAGUUAAAUUUCACUAAAAUAGUUUCAUUAGCUCCCGAGGUAUUAUAAGACGAGACCCAAGUAUAGUUAGAGUAUUUAGAGUAUUUAAAUGGCAUAGAUUAAUUAGUAGAUUGUGUCUCACGUAUAUACCUUUACUAAGUAAAAAAAAAAAAAGACCACGUUGGUUAUAUCAAAAUUCAGGAGCAACAAAAAUUUUAGUUUACCAUGGGUAAGGACACUAUUGCUGACAUAAUAACCUCUAUACGAAAUGCUGAUAUGAAUAGAAAAGGAACGAUUCAAAUAGGAUCUACUAACAUCACUGAAAACAUUGUUAAAAUACUUUUACGAGAAGGUUUUAUCGAUAACGUAAGGAAACAUCGGGAACGCAACAAAUAUUUUUUGGUUUUAACCCUACGACAUAGAAGGAAUAGAAAAGGACCACAUAGAACUAUUUUAAAUUUACGACGGAUCAGUCGACCAGGUCUACGAAUCUAUUCUAACUAUCAACAAAUUCCUAGGAUUUUAGGCGGGAUGGGGAUUGUAAUUCUUUCUACUUCUCGGGGUAUAAUGACAGACCGGGAGGCUCGACUAGAAGGAAUCGGUGGAGAAAUUUUGUGUUAUAUAUGGUAAUCUGUCCGGUAUACGAAUUGUAUCCGAAACUCUCCAUUUGUGCAAAAAAAAAGAAAAAAGCACGGGUUGUCUAAUAGAACUCCUCCUGCCCUACGGUAGUUGAUACGUCAAGGAAGUUUUACCUGGAAUAAAAGAACAAAAAAAUGGAUUCAUGAAGGUUUAAUUAGUAAAUCACUCCCACUCCGGAUUCCUUUAGAUAAUGAAGAACUGAUUUUAGGUUAUGUUUCGGGAGAGUUUUACCAACGUGGGAUAGAGUCAACAAAAGUGAAGUAAGUGCUUAUGAUUCAACCAGGGGGGCGUAUAAUUUAUAGACUUCGCAACAAGGAUUCGAACGAUUAGGUAGUUUUUUCAACUUCAAGAUUCCUUUUGGGGAUCAAUUCAAAUUUCAAGAAACUUAUUUUCUUCCAAUAAGCGAAUUCGGAAAAAUUUAAGGAAUAACAACUAUGAAAAUAAGGGCUUCCGUUCGUAAAAUUUGUGAAAAAUGUCGCCUAAUCCGUAGGAGGGGACGAAUUAUCGUAAUUUGUUUUAACCCGAGACAUAAACAAAGACAAGGAUAAUCUUUCUAUUCCAAAAAGAACUCCUGAAAGAAAAGAAACUAAUCUUAAAGAAAGCGAUAAACAAAUAAAAAUAGAAGAUCUGUUUUGACAUGAAAUGGAUAUAUCCAUAUAUCUCUGACUUAUCUUUAUGAAAUGAUAAAAUAUGGCAAAACCUAUACCAAAAGUUGGUUCACGUAGGAAUGGGCGCAGUAGUGCACGGAAAAGUGCACGUAGAAUACCAAAAGGAGUUAUUCAUGUUCAAGCAAGUUUCAACAAUACCAUUGUUACUGUUACAGAUGUACGGGGUCGGGUAAUCUCUUGGUCCUCCGCCGGCACUUGUGGAUUCAAGGGUACAAGAAGGGGGACCCCUUUUGCUGCUCAAACCGCAGCGGGAAAUGCUAUUCGAGCAGUAGUAGACCAAGGUAUGCAACGAGCAGAAGUUAUGAUAAAGGGUCCUGGUCUCGGAAGAGAUGCAGCAUUACGAGCUAUUCGUAGAAGUGGUAUACUAUUAAGUUUCGUACGGGAUGUAACCCCUAUGCCACAUAAUGGCUGUAGACCCCCUAAAAAAAGACGUGUGUAGAAACUAAAGAGAUUUCAAGAGAAAUAAAUGAUUCAAUGAUCUGAUCAAAUAAAAUAAUAUUACUAUGGUUCGAGAGAAAGUAAAAGUCUCUACUUCGACUCGGACACGACAGUGGAAG